AACUAGAUACUGUUAGAACUCUAAAAUUACAAGGUUGCUGGGAAGAAGCUUAGGAAUGGAAUUAGAAGAGCCAGAAGAGGCGACGAGAAGGCCUUGGUGAGCAGGAUUAAGGAAAAUUGCAAGGCAUUCUACGAGUAUGUGAAGAGCAAGAGGAUGAGCUGGGUGAGAAUAGGAGCAAUUAGGUGUGAUGGUGGAAAUGUGUGCAUGGAGUUGGAGGAGGUAGCAGAGGUGCUUAAUGACUAUUUUGCUUCGGUAUUCACCGGGAAAAAAGACCUUGGCAAUUGUGGGGAUGACUUACAGCGGGCUGAAACGCUUGAGCAUAUAGAUGUACAAUGUACUGUGUAUGCUAAUCAAAAUGGCUUCUUUGGUUUGCUAGAGUAGGAAUGCUUUUAUGUUUGAUAAGUGUUUUCUCUCGCAGUUGUUUAGCUUUGGACUUGCUGAUAUGGGGAUUGUAUUCAUUUUUUAACCAAUGGGGAAUGUUAUUUUGACUUGUGAGGCUGGGAGCUUGGGGGUUUCACGGUCUUUUCAGCGGGAAGGAGACACCGAGGAAGGUGGACGUGCGCUGCACUGCUCGGUCGACCACCGGGGUGGUCCCAGGUGCGAGGACGUGGAGGUCAGAGGAAAGUGACGAGGGGUCGAAUGGUUCGAUGGUUGAGCUCCAACCAUGUGCACUAAGAACUUCAGAAGCGAGCUGCAGAGCUGUUUGGGAUGGAGGCUGCUUUGUUUGUACCCAGUGGAACAAUGGGGAAUCUGAUUUCAGUUAUGUGUCACUGUCGGGAGAGGGGAUCGGAGCUCAUUGUUGGUGAUCAGGCACACAUCUACAUCUUUGAGCAGGGAGGCAGUGCACAGAUUGCGGGAAUUCAUUCACGUGUUAUAAGGAAUCUUCCGGAUGGGACUUUCGAUUUGAGUGAACUGGAAUCAAGCAUCCGCCAUGAUUACCCUGACCUGCACAUGACCCGGACUAGCCUCAUUUGCCUGGAGAACACCCAGAAUCUCAAAGGAGGGCGGGUCCUGCCUCUUUCCUUUCUCCAACAGGUACGAGACCUGGCUGACACCUAUAAUUUGCCAAUCCACAUGGAUGGAGCCCGUGUGAUGAACGCAGCAGUGGCUCUAGGUGUCAAUGUCUCUGAAAUCCUGCAGUACUGUGACUCCGUGUGUGUGUGCCUGUCCAAGAGUCUAGGAGCUCCGGUUGGCUCCAUCAUUGCUGGAAGCAAGGACUUCAUCAAGCAGGCCCUGCGGCUGCGGAAGGUGCUGGGAGGGGGCAUGAGGCAUGUUGGGGUGCUGGCCGCUGCCGGAAUCAUCGCGCUUUCGGACAUGGUGGGGAGGCUGGAAGAAGACCACAGGAACGCCAGGAGGUUUGCUGAAGGUAUUAAGAUGUACGCUACACCCUUCUGUGAGGUCGAUGUGGAUACUGUGGAGACAAACAUCCUAAUGUUUACCAUCAAAGACCCCAGAGUCUCCCCCGAGGAAUUCUGCAGCAAGAUGGAGGACGUGUCCAAGGAGGAAGAGGUUGUGACGGGACAUGGCGUGCGGGUGCUAAUGCUGCCGGUGUAUGGACGCACGCUGCGUGCUGUGUGGCACCUGGAUGUAUCAGAGGAGGACACCAGCCUGGCCUUGGGGAAGCUGCGUUUUGUGGUCAAGAAACUGGAAGAACAAUAAGCCAAAGGCACCACAUUUUAAGCGCUCCAUCAUGGGAAAGAGUACUGUAUCUCUGUUUUAGUUAUCAAGUCUGGCACUCUGUGUACGAUGGCAAUUGUUGUCGAGGGUCACAUUGCAAUGUGAAUAAGCAACAGCUAAAUCGUGAUAAUGUGAAAGUACGUGGAGUAAUCACUGACAUUUCUUGAACUGAGCUCAGUGAACUUUUAAAGUUCAAAUUAACUUAUUAAAAAUUAGUAAAGUACAUGCGUACCAUCCUAACCGCUCAACAGAUGACACCAUUGCCACCACCCUCCACCUGGACAAAAAAGACACAUACGUUCAAAUGCUGUUCAUAGACUUCAGUUCAGCAUUCAACACAAUCAUCCCUCAGAAACUGAGUGGAAAGCUGAGCCUACUGGGCCUGAACACCUCCCUCUGCAACUGGAUCCUAGACUUCCUGACUGGGAGACCUCAGUCAGUCUGGAUCGGGAGCAGCAUCUCCAACACCAUCACACUGAGCACGGGGGCUCCCCAGGGCUGUGUGCUCAGUCCACUGCUGUUCACUCUGCUGACCCACGACUGUGCUGCAACACACAGCUCGAAUCAUAUCAUCAAGUUCGCUGAUGACACGACCGUGGUGGGUCUCAUCAGCAAGAACGACGAGUCAGCUUACAGAGAGGAGAUGCAGCGGCUAACGGACUGGUGCAGAGCCAACAACCUGUCUCUUAAUGUGAACAAAACAAAAGAGAUGGCUGUUGACUUCAGGAGGGCAUGGAGCGACCACUCCCCGCUGAACAUCGACGGCUCCUCGGUAGAGAUUGUAAACAGCACAAAAUUUCUUGGUGUUCACCUGAUGGAGAAUCUCACCUGGUCCCUCAACACCAGCUCCAUAGCAAAGAAAGCCCAGCAGCGUCUCUACUUUUUUCGAAGGCUGUCCUAUCCUGUUUAUUAUGUAUUGUAAUGCCUGCACUGUUUUUUCUGCAUUUUAUGCAGUCCAGUGCAGGUCUAGUCUAGUGUAGCUUUCUCUGUGUUUUUUUUUAUUAUGUAGUUCAGUCUAGUUUUUUGUACUGUGUCAUGUAACACCAUGGUCCUAAAAAACAUUGUCUCAUUUUUACUAUGCACUGUACCAGCAGUUAUGGUCGAAAUGACAAUAAAAGUUGACUUGCCUUGA